CCCGCGCCUCGGCCGCCGACGGGCCCCGGGCCCGUGUAGGAGGGACUCGCUCGGCCUCGCAGGAUGUCCCAGCCGCCCUCCAUCACCCUCCACGUCCCCGAGGGCUCCGAAAGCGAUGGUCAGGAGCCCAGUCCGGACAACGAGAGAGCCCUGCACACCUCAUUCCACCAGCUCAUCCUGGAGCAGAGCAGCUUGAUCGAGGCAGGUCUGGAACUGGAGUUGCAGGAGAGGAGCAGAGAGUCCCCAGCCCGCUUGGCUACUCCAGAUGCCUGUGCCAUGGCCUGGUCAGAGCCCGGGCAAGGUGAGGAGCACCCCAGCUACUCCUCUGCCUCCCUGCAGAUCUUGGCCAGCAUGCCCAGCCGCACCAUCGGACGCAACCUCGGGGCCAUCAUCUCCCAGUACUGCAACCGCACGGCGCGGCUGCGGCGCCGGAGCAGCCGCCCGCCCCUGCAGCAGCUGUGCCGCGCGGCACGGCCCAGCCUGCGCCAGUACGACCUGGAGACUGACCCCACCAGGGCCACGCUGGAAGAGAAGCGGCGCCUGCUGGUGAAGGAGCUGCUGAGCCUCUCACCCAGCCAAUGCAGCCACAUGCUGCUCACCAUGCCCCUCAGCCUGGCGGAGAAACGCAUCCUCCGGCGGCAGCUGAGCGGGCAGAGGGGCCCACUGAGGCAGCACACCCAUCACUGGGCCCCCUUCUCACCCUGUGGUUGGCCCAAGGUCUGCAUCGUCCUUGGCUGCUGAGGUCUCUGGUACAGGCUCCUAUCCCUGCUCCGCACUGCACAGCCCUGGCACUACGCCCUGAAGCAGAUUGGUGGCCGCUUUGGCUCCAGUGUCCUCUCUUACUUCCUCUUCCUCAAGACACUCCUUAUGUUGAACUUCUUUUCAUUCUUCAUCCUCCUGGCCUUUGUGGUGGUCCUGCAGGCCGUGUACCCCCCUGCAUCGGUCAGCCCCCAGCCCUUCACCGGCCUCGAGCUGCUCACAGGAGCGGGCUACUUCACCCACUCACUGCUGUACUACGGCUACUACAGCAACGCCACCCUAAAUGACCCCUGCACCUCCAGUCCUCCGGGCAGCGUGUGCCCCCUCGCAGCCCCCACGCUCCCGUACAACUUGCCGCUGGCCUACCUGUUCAGUGUUGGGGUCUCCUUCCUUGUCACCUGCAUCCUGCUGGUGUACAGUGUGUCCCGCUCUUUUCGGGAGAGCGUGGGGAGCUCCACAGGAGACUUGGCCAUCAAAGUCUUCUGCACCUGGGACUUCAAGGUGAUCCAGAGGCGCUCAGUGAAGCUGCAGUGUGAGAACAUCUGCACCCAGUUGAAGGAGCUGCUGGUGGAGCAGCGCUCCCGCUCGCGCUCCCAGAGCCGCUGCCAGUGCCUGGGGCACUGCGUGGUAAUGCUGCUGGCCUGGGUCCUGGCACUGGGCUUGGUGUCGGGCUGCGUGCUGGCUGUGCACUACUUCUCGGGGCACAUGCACAUGGUUCAGCAGGAGCAACAAGCGCAGGACAGUGGCAGAUGGCAGCAAGAAGCCAUUCUGCUGGUCGUGCCCUUUGUGGUGUCCCUCCUCAAUGCCUUGAUGCCCCACCUUUUCAACUUGCUGGCGUUGUGGGAGAAGCAUGACUCCCCAGGGACACAGGUCUUCGUGGCAAUCAUCAGGAACCUCAUCCUGAAGAUGGUGGUUCUCAUCCUGCUGUGCUACCAGUGGCUCACCCGAAGCGUUAUCUGCUCGACAGAGAAGUGCUGGGAGACAUGUGUGGGGCAGGACCUGUAUCGCUUCAUGGUGAUGGAUUUCAUAUUCACCUUGAUGGAUACGCUCUUUGGGGAGCUGAUCUGGAGGCUAAUCCUGGAGAAGAGGCUGAAGACAAAGCAAAGGCCAGAGUUUGAUAUUGCCCGAAAUGUGCUGGAGCUGAUCUAUGGGCAGACCCUGACCUGGCUGGGCAUUGUCUUUGCCCCACUCCUGCCAGCUGUGCAGAUGCUGAAGCUGCUGCUGUUGUUCUAUAUCAAAAAGACCAGCCUGAUGCGGAACUGCCAGUCCCCCAGCAAGCCCUGGCAAGCAUCACGCAUGAGCACCGUGUUCAUCACUCUGCUGUGCUUCCCCUCCUUCCUGGGUGCAGCUGCCUUCCUCUCCUACACCAUCUGGUCGGUGCAGCCAUCAGAAAACUGUGGUCCCUUCCGGGGGCUGGAAACCAUCUACAAGUCAGGAAAGAGUUGGGUGCUAGUGCUGGAGAAGUCCAACCCCAACAUCACCUGGUUUGCCUGGGUCUACCAGCAUCUGCUGGAGAACACCUGCCUCCUGUUCUUCGUGUCCGUGGCCCUGAUAGCUGUGAUCUACUUCAACAUCCAGGUAGUAAGAGGCCGCCAGAGGGUCAUCUGCCUGCUCCAGGAGCAGAUUGCCAACGAAGGGGAAGAUAAGGCAUUUCUCAUUCAGAAGCUUCACUCUGUUUACGAGCAGAGACACAGACGUUCCUGAGUCCCAGUGUCAAGCUCCACAGGAAGGAAAGGGGUGGACCGGACUCUGCUUGCAGCUGGAACUGAAUCUGUCCAUCACAACGCACUGCUGGAAGCUAGGGGACCAUGGAGUGCUGGGGAAGAUCCUCCCCUCUUGCCAUGGCCAAGGACCCAUUGGGGUGUGUCACUGGGAAUGCUGCAUCGCAAGGAUGCAGGUGUUCCUGCUGCCUGGAGGUGCUGGGAUGCAGUAGGUACAGGACCAGGACUGCUGUCACACCCCAGGGCACAGCUCCAUGCAGGAGUGCCUCACCAGCACAACCCUGCUCCAUGGGAGCUCACUACUUGCAGAGAACAGCUCUUCAGCUCUCCCUCCUGCCAGUGUGCCCUGGGUUGUUUUCAGAAUCCUUUGGGGACCAUGGAGCUUUUUUCCACAGCCGCCUUCACCCUGCCUAGGGACAGCACACGUGGAGCCAGGAGCUCCCAGGCAUGGACCCAGCUCCGGCCUGACUCACCAGGAGAGCAGCUGGCUGAUUGCAGUCCCACAAACAAGGUCACUGGGCCACCCCCAGCAGCCCUGCACACACUGCACUGGCUGAUGGGAUGGGCGUGGAAGACUCGCGGUGAUGCUGCGUGCUGGGCUGGGCAGGGACCCUGUGGGCUCCAGCUGACCGGGCCCAUUAAAGCGCUGCUGUGCAGGAGUGCCCUGGCUGGUGGCUGGUGUCUGGACCUGUCGGGCUGGAAGCAGGGAGGCAGGCUUGGUGCGUCAGUGCUGUUCGUGGGGGUGACUCAGCAGCAGUGUCAGGGUGUGCUCGGGCUCUUCGACACCACCUGCUUUCCCACGGGGCUGCCUGGGGCAGGGCCCAGUUCAGCCCACACUGCUGGAGCAAAGGCCACUGCCACCCCUGCCCAUCACAGUGCAAUAGCUGCAGCCCCCGGCACCAAGAGCCACUCCCCUCCAUGUCAUGCUGCUGGCAGCUCCAGGCCCUGGGAUGGCAGCUGCCCUGGUGCCACAGCGCUGACAGCCCCAGGGCACGGGGUGCUGUGGCGUGUGCCAAGCACGGACAGCCACCAGUACCCGAUGACUUGGCACCAGGGCUGCUGGCUGAGGCAGCUGCCCGCCCACCUGGGCCUUCAGCAUGGGCACAGGGCAUGUUAUCAGCACAGACAGACAGUGGUGUGGGCACAGGGCAGCUUCUCUGUGCAGCCCCAACUCCUGGGGUGCAUCAUGAAAAGCAUGGAGGUCACAGGAGGUGAUCCUGCCCCUCUGCUCAGCCCUGGUGAGGCUGCAGCUGGAGUGCCGUGUCCAGUUCUGGGCUCCACAGGACAAGAGGGACAUGGAACUCCUGGAGCAGGUCCAGCAGAGGCUACAGAGACGAAGUAUCUCUCCAAUGAGAACAGGCUCCAGGAGCUGGGCCUGUUCAGCCUUGAGGAGAGACAACUGACAGGGGACCUCAUUGUCAGCAAGGAGGUGUCAGAGGAUGGACUAGGCUCUGCUCCACGGUGCCCAGCAAAGGGACAAGAAGCAACAGGCAGAAACUGAUGCACAGAAAGUUCUACCUGAAUAUGAUCUUGAUAGAUCCCCUCCAAUAUUCUAUGAUAUUCUAUUAGAAAGAACUUCCCUGUGCCAGUGACAGC